AUGCCGCCCAAGCAGCAGUCUAAGGCCGAAGUCGCCAAGAAGCAGAAGGUGGUGGAGGAUAAAACCUUCGGCCUCAAGAACAAAAACAAGAGUAAAAAUGUCCAGAAGUACGUUCAGAGCCUUCAGCAGUCCGUCCAGCCGAAGCCCGAUGCUGCCAAGGCCGCUGCCAAGGCCAGUAACCUUUAUGUUUCCGUCUUUUCCUUUCAUGGUCUUCGUUUCGCUCUAUCAUCAAAUUCAAUUUUCGUUGAAAUCUCUUCUGGAUCUCAACCUUUUCUUUUUUGGUCUUUGAUUCCCCUUGCCGCUGACAGAAGAAAAAGGAGGACGAGAAGGCAAGGGAGAAGGAGCUCAAUGAUCUUUUUAAGGUUGCCAUCAGUCAGCCUAAAGUUCCAAUUGGUAAGAUUCUGGCCCAUCUCCGGUUCUCACUUCUGUACAGAGGUGGGUGGAUUGCGCUGAUAGAUUGAUUCUGUGAACUCUUACGUUUUAAGGUGUCGAUCCGAAAUCUAUAUUAUGCGAAUUCUUCAAGGCGGGACAGUGCGCCAAGGGCUUCAAGUGCAAGUUCUCUCAUGACUUGAACGUGCAAAGGAAGGGGGAGAAAAUUGACAUUUACAGUGACAAGCGUGAUGACGGUAGACGAUGAAUCUCCUAUUUGUUUUCUGUUUAGGUCGUAAUAGUGAUUUCCUUAUUUCGUUUGUGCUGGGCUCUUGUUUUUUUGUUCUCUUAAAGAAACUAUGGAGGACUGGGAUCAGGAGACACUGGAGAAGGUUGUGGAACAGAAGAACAAGGAGUACAACCAGAACAAACCUACUGACAUUGUAUGUAUCUCUUUGAUGGAUCACAUAUAUUUUUUUCGGACCAUGAACGUUCAAGUGAUAAUGCUUAUAAUCAUCUUCAACUUUGCUCCUGUGUCAGUAAUGUGUUCUGAUUUUUGUGUUACAAAGUUCAUGCAAACGCAGUACAAGAUGCCCUGAUUGCAUUUGAUUGAUUUCCUCCUAUUCCACAUUUGUUUGAAAUUUCGGUACUAUGAUUAUUGAUGGGAAUGUUGAGUGCAUUUUUUAUGCGGUGUUUUUCUGGGUUCAAGUGGGAAAAACUGGUCUUGCAGAGCUAAAAUGUAUCGUAAUGCCCAAUAGACAAGAGUUUAUGUACCAUGUAGAAUGUUUAUCCAUGGAAAAGAGUGACAUUUUCUUUAGGAUAGUGACUAGCGGUAACUGUUUGUCUCAACAAAAUCGACAACAAUGCUUUGUGAGAAGAUUGUCCCUAUUACCCUUUCUCAUCCCAAUUAGUUUAAUUAUCAGGUGGUGAUCCACUAAUAAGAUCCUUGUGAUAUAUAACCCUAGAAUUUCAGAAUGAAUGUGAACUGGGUAUAAAUGAUUGAUUGAAUCUGGAAAAGGAUUCAGCAUUUGGGACACCAGUGUUCCCUGUUUUUAAUCUUAUUUUUUUUAAUGAAUGGCGUCCGCGAUUUGAUUCCACCGCUCAUCCUUUUCCACGCUCUUAAUUUGUUUUUUUUUUUUAGUUUCUCGACACGUCUCCUCUUUGAGCUGAAGUUUCAGGUCAGCCUCGCUCGCAUGAAUUUUGAUCCAGAAUACGAGAAUUCCUGCUGAAGACAUUUGGAAGUGAAAACCAGUCUUGAAGACAUUUGGGUUUUCACUUCCUCGAAGAAGCCAAAAUGUAUAGAUAAAUAGACUCCCUUAUAUUCUAUGUAAACUUGAGUAUCGCUGCUUUCUUGAGUCCUGCCCAUCUUCUUGGCACAUUGCCUCUUGCUUUAUGCGAAGGUGUGUUUUCUUGGCACAUUGCCUCUUGCUUUAUGCGAAGGUGUGUUUUCUUGUCUCAUUACAUCUAUAUUAGGUUCUCUGGAUGGUGUCUGCCCUUGCCAUAUGCAUGUGAUAUCUCUCCACCUUUUCUGGAAACUUGUCUUAUUCUUUGGUUUUAAAAAGCUCAUGUCGCAACAUGAGCACUACGAUCUUCAUGCUAAGCUUUCCUCACUUUCUCACCACGUUAAUCAGUGGGUUCCUCUCGUCGUCUGACCUAAUAACUUGCACGUCUCAUUUCUCCAGCCUUUCCUGGUAAUUUUGGUUAUUUGCCUGUUAUUUGUUAGCUCAAAAGGCUGUGGUCAAACUCUGUCAGUCGCAGUUUAAGGUUUGCUGGCUUUCUCGCAAUACUGCAGAACUAAGCUCAUCACCUGUACAUGCUAUUUCAAUCAUAUAUAUGUUAUCUCGAAAAGCUGAGCUCAGAACAUAAGCUUGGAUUUGGAAGUGGGUGUAGUUUUUAAAGAAAGAUUUAUGCUUGCGAGAUAAAAAAAUAAUCGAAAUAUCACACUUAGGAUUCAUGGGUUCAGGGAAGGUUUGCUCUGUUUGUGCCAGAAGGAUUCCCGAAUCUUCGUUUUUUUAUAUAACCCCAUAUUAAAUUUCCAAAACUGGUGCCUGGGUCUUGCUCAGAACUUAUUCUCCCCAAAAUGCGGUGAUACUGUUGCUAUAUCUGGUAGAUGGCUUUCUCUUACAUGCGUCUUGAUGUGUUGUUCGAUUACACCACAUUCCGAAUAGAUGCAGCUUUGGGUUUUUUUUUUUUUUCUUUUCCUCCCCUUUAUAAGAAAGGAAAAGAUUCAAAACGUUAAUGCCAAAAAAGGGUAGAUGAGAAUUGGGCUCUUGGAGUCAAGUUGGUCCUAGUUAUUUCGUGCUGCUUGUAGGGUUGUCUGAUCUGAUUGGGGCUUGAUUGGGGUCCAGCGUUUGACUCCUGUGACGUGCACAUGUGGCGCUCCAGGUCAGCCCACCCGAUUUGGGGGGAGCUCUGAUCAUACCUUGAAUAUGCCAAAAAUGACACGAAAGUGGGCCGAUCAAAACUUCUGAUUUUCUGGCUGUCAUGAACAGAUCUUAGUCAAUUGGCCAGUUUCUGGCAGCAACGUUCCUUGAGAUGAGAACAAAAAGAGGGCAAAUAAGAAGAAGUGGGUCGAUCAGGAGGAGCAGGGGAAGGAGGUUUUAUGAAGUAAUGGAGAGGAAGGAGGAGAAGGAGAGGCAGGAGAAAGGGAUCUUUCUUGGUUUCCAAUUGAGGAAGGAAAGCACUGCAACUGCGGCUGUUGAGUGGAUUUGAGCUGAAGUGGCAGUCACCCAUGACCUAGGGUUCUCCCAUCUCCUGUCUGCCAAUGCUUUUUCUAUUUUUGUCCACAGAGAGGGGAGGUAUUGUGCAGGAGAUUAACCUAAAAAGACCAGUUCUUCCCUCUGAAGCAGUACAUUGCCAUGGUGAUUCUCUGUGCAGGUCUGCAGAUAUUUCUUAGACGCAGUGGAGAAGAAGCAGUAUGGUUGGUUCUGGGUAUGCCCUAAUGGCGGCAAGGACUGCCAUUACAGGCACGCCCUCCCUCCUGGUUAUGUGCUCAAGUCGCAGAUGAAGGCCUUGCUGGAGGAAGAAUCCGAGAAGCUAUCCAUUGAGGAGGAGAUUGAAAGUCAGGUGAUCUCCGUCUCCUGUAUUCCGUUGACUUUGCUCCCUCGUGAAGAUAUUGACUGGGCGUCUGUUGUUUCCUCAAGCGAGCAAAAGUCAGCACAUCUACGCCCAUGACCCCCGAGCUGUUCAUGCAAUGGAAGAAGAGGAAGAUAGAAGAGAGAGAAGCUGGGCUCGCUGAAAUGCGCGCAGAGAGGGCCAAGAACGACCGCAUGAGGUCAGCUUUCUUCCCUCUUUGUCUCUCUCUCUCUCUCUAAAAGCUUCUUCCUCUUGGGGCUCUUGCCUGGCUCUCUCUCUCUCUCUCUCUCUUGCUCACUCAGCUGCCUCUGCUUCUUUUCAGUGGUCGCGAGCUGUUCAUGUCGGAUGCCAGCUUGUUUGUUGACGACAUCGAUUCAUAUGAGAAGUACCAGAGAGACGAAGAGUAUGAUGUCAAUGCGGAUAAGGUACGCAAUCUGUUGCUUCGCUCUCUCAAUUUCUCCAAUUAUUUUCAUCAUAUCAGAAAUUGCUUCAGAUCACCAUCCUCACCCAUCUAUGAUCAUACAUUAUGUAUAUAUUUAAAUAAAUAAAUAAAUACGUAAAAAUAUUUAUAGAGAGAGAAAGAGCUAAUUAGAUCCAAACCAGUAUCCUCACCUAUCUAUGAACGUACAAUAUGUAUUAGGCCCAUGAUUUCCAUGACCAAUCAGUACUCUGACGUGCAUUUCUCUCUCUCUCGCUCUCUCUCUCUCUCUCUCUCUCUCUCUCUCUCUUUCUUCAUCUGCUGGCAGGCAAAGAGCGGGCCCCCGUCGGAGGGGCCAAGUGUGCGGUCGACCGGGAGGGGAGAGAUGGCAGCAGCCGUGGCCGAUGAUGACGACGACGACGACGACGAUGACGACGACCUAGACAUGGCCGAACUCGAUGAGCUGGAAGCCAGCCUCUCCAGAGCUUCUAUUCAGAUCCGCGAGCCGGGCUCCUAG